AUGAUAGAAAAUCUUACAGCUAAUGAAAUUUACAUGGUACCUGCAGUAUACUUCAUUAAAUUUCUCGCAGAACACGAUCCUACAUCAAUACUUCUUUGCAAUUCGCAAUUUUUAAAAAUUGCAAAAAAAGCUUUUUAUGUGAAGAACUCUGUCAUCCAGAUUGCUGCGUACAAGUCAGUUAGCAUGUUUUUUCAAUACGUUUCACGUACUCAAACGCUUUUGACCCAAAAUUCUGCAUCAAAAUUAUUUACUUACGCAAUUUCAAACUUUCAAGACAUGAAAUCCAUCAACGGUUCAUUAACGAUACUCGCUGUUAUAUUUGAAACGGUUCCAAACAUGAUUCCUUCUGAUUUGCACUCAUUAACCGAGCGAAUAUGGAAUAUGUACACAAAAAUACCGGCAGAAUCAAAGGGAGUUGCAUUGUACUUGCUAGUUUUGUUAUUUAUUUUCGGAAAAAACGUCAUGGCAGACGAUAAAAUUGAAAAUCUCAAGAUGUUGUUGAUUGAAGAAAAUCAAACGUCAUCAACAAGAUUUUCAACACUAGCGUUGCUCAAAUACAUCGAAUAUGAUACAGCUUACUUACAAGGUAUUGAUAUAAACACAACUCUCAGCUCGAUUUUACAAUCAUCAGAUAAAAAAGCAGUUAAAAACGGAUAUUUAAUACUCAAAAACAUUGCCAAUUCAUCAAACAAUUUAUUAUACCCGAUUGCAAGGAAAUUGGCCUCAUAUAUUCUUACUUUACGAAUUGAUCAUUAUUUUGCAGACGUAAUGCCUUAUAUUAUUACAAAAUUCCAUUACUUUUGGGAACUUCUUUAUCCUCAUUUACGUCGUUUCAUUGCAACUAAUCCAGGAUUGUUUUCAAAUGUAUAUUUUCUUCAAUUUAUAUCGAGAAUAUAUCCUUUGCAUGACCAAUCCGUAAUAUCGAGUUUAUUUAUGCUUGCUGACUCUCCAGAUCAUGUUGUUCGUGAGUGUGUUGCAGAUGCUUUGAUUGCUCAGUACAAUUUAGACCAAGCAAGCUCAGAUAUGCUUCCAAUCAAGUUCAUUUUCACUUUAGCGUUAACAGAUCCAUACGCUUCCGUUCGUGCAAAAGUUCUUCAAGCUUUUCCUGAUAAGUCCAUGAAAAUUUUGACAUCUGACGGAAUUUUGUCAAAUUUGUCAAGUAUUGUCAAAGAUGAAGACAUUGAUGUCAAAAUUAAUGCGAUCAAGUUAUUAGGAAAAAUAGCGAAAUACAAUCCAUUUGGUGUUUAUCCCAUUUUAAGAAGAGUUUUUCUCGAUUUCAUGUGCAUAUUAGACUCUCCAAAGUCAUUUAUUGUGAAAUCGGAAGCAUCGACAUCAUUACAAGCAUGGCUACAAGCAGGAUUCGAGAUAUUUCCCACUUCCUCCCAAACUUUUUGCGAUAUAGUUUUAAGACAACUCUCAUUUCAGUCUACACCAAUGCUAACUUACUUUGAAAGGAAGGCACAUUCAACAAUGACCAUAAAUAUCACGUUAGCUAUUGGAUAUAUCGCAGAAAGGAACAUGGAUAUCUUGAAAUCUUACAUUACUCAAUUCCACAACCUUUUCUUAUGGAUGUUACAACAGAGGAGUGAUAAAGAACUCAAACUUGCUAUUGUAACAACAAUGUACACAAUAUUGACCCAAAUUGAUGAUUUUUACGACAUCGAAAUUUCCCAUUUGUUUCCAUUAUUAGUUUCGAUUGCUUCUACAUGGAACAGUCGCAAAUUAAACGUUGCAGUACUUAAACUCAUGGGAUACAUCGGUGCUGUCGAUGCUUCACCACUAGGAAUUGAUGAAGUACCUAAUAAUACUCCAGAUGUAUUGAUUGCUUAUGAAUCUUCUGAUUAUUUGUUGUGUUAUGUUUGCAAAACGAUGAUUGACUUGAUAAAGAACAGUUCUUUGGUCAUUCAUCAUUACAACGCUAUGCAAGCACUUGCAAACAUCUUCUCAACAGAAGAAAACGACAAAUGCAAUGAGUAUUUCACGGAAUUCGUUCAUAUUUUGAUCGAUUGCAUUUCGAAAUCAACAAAUUUUGAAUAUAUUCCAUUAUUAAAGUUCGUUGUACAAAAUACUCCGAUUUCUAGAUUGAAUUUAGUAUCAACAGAAAUCAUUGAUUACGUUCAAAAACUCUGGUUGAAUCCUCCUUCUUACGAUGACAUUGUUACAAUUGUCAUUGAAUUGAUUCCGAUUUUGGCUGCGAGAUUAUCAGAUAAAUUCGCGCAUUUGAUACCACAAGUUACGACUUUUUUGUUGAAUUGCAUUUACAGCCAUGCAGGAAACAAUUUAGUUAUAACUAAGAUGGCUUUGUUGGCAUUGAUGGCUUUGAGAAAGUUUUCUCAAGAUUACUUCUUUUUGAUUGUUCCUGAAGUAAUUUCUUUAGUUAAUACUUUCUCUUCGUCAACACAAGUCUGCGUACAAAUGUUGGAAGCAUUAAGAGUUUUCGUUCAAUAUUGUGAUACUUCUAAUUUUGUUUCUACAAUUUUAAGAUGCUCUUUGAACGCUUUACACAACGAUUCGAAUGAAGUCGUUCACGCAGCAUUACAAGUUAUAUAUUCUAUUGUUGUUGUUUUAGGAGUUGAUCACUUCUCCUUUUACCAAAACCAAGUGAGAAGCGUUUUAUUGAACAGAAAAAUUGACACUGCAAAUUUUGACAAAUUAUUGAGAUGUCCAAAAGGUGCCAAAUUUUCUGACUUCACUUUUAUCAUUACGAACGAUCCAUCAUCCAUCAUGCAGAAGCGUGAGACUGUUCUUAAGUUGCAGCAGAUGAGCGCUGAACAAAUUGUCAGCAGCUACAAUUACACGGAAAGCGAAACUCCUUGGAACAGAAAAGAAUGGUGGCAUGAUCUUGUAACGAUAACUAUCCAUCAAUCUCCAUGUCAUUUCAUUAGAUGUUGUUCGUUUUUGACAUUGAAUUUGUUUGAUAUUGCUGAGAGUAUCUUUUUCCCUGCCUUCCUUUGUUUAUGGAAAACAUUGUCAAAUGAACACAGAUCAACGAUUUGUGGCUGUUUAACAAUCGCUUGUUUAAGUGAUUCUUUGCCAAAUUCAAUCAGAACAACUUUAGUUGGUUUGUUUGAAUUCAUGGAACAAAACGAAUUCAAUCUCGAAAUAGAAAAUAGCGUUUUACUCAAAGCAUGCGAAGAAUCAUCACAAUACGCUAAAGCUCUCUAUUUCGCACACAGAUGUUAUUAUGCCAACAAAAAUGAUUUGAAAGGAAUUGAAAAUUUAAUCAGAUUAAGUUCUCAUUUAGGUUUGUCAAAGAGUGUAAAAGGAUUAAGUUCUCACGUGAUGAAUAUGACAAUGCAUGCAAAAUGGUGUGAGCAAUUAGGCCAAUGGGAGAAAGCAGAAAAGCUUUACCAAGAAAAGAAAAAUGAAAAUGAUUCUUACAGAGGUUUGUUGAGGACACAAAUGCAUCAGAAAAAAUGGGAAGAUAUCGUAGAUGAAAUGAAAAGUGACAUCCAAAAUCAAAGUGAAGAAAUCAAAAACGAAGUAUUACCCAUUUAUGCGAUAGCUCUUUUCCAUCGCCAGGAAUGGGAACAACUUGGAAAAAUCCUUGAUUAUUGUCCAAUGACAAAUGUUUAUUUAUAUAUUGUCAAAAGUUUGUAUUUUGUUUCUAUCAAAAAUUACGAAGAAGCAAUGAAUAUAGUAAAUGAUGGAUUUGUUGCUUUGGCUAAUUUAUCUCGUAGUGUCUUCAAACACGACAAAGCAGAGCUUUAUCCUUUGUUAGUUAAAGCACAACAAUUGCAAGAAAUCAAAGAGAUAAUUAACAACCAAGAAAACAUGAAAUUUGUUUGGGAAAAAAGAAUCAAAUUAGUAAGAGAAGAUUUCGAUACUUACUAUGAUAUUUUGUCUGUUAGAUUAACACAUAUUGAUGUUAAUAACAUGAUUCCAAAUGCCAUCAAAAUGUUGAAAAUCGCGCUAAAAAGAGAUGAAAUUAAUAUGUUUGAUUUAGCAUUCAAAAAACUAUUUCCUGAUGAAAAGAAUAGAACAAUUGAAGUGAAAUUCUUGUAUAUCAAAGGAAUGUGGGCACGAGGAAAUCGUAUUGAUGCUGUUAAGUCAUUAAAUCAAUUGUUGUUAGAAGCAGCAAAUUACGACAAAACUCAUGAACCAAACAAAAAACUGAAUGCAAGAAUGUACUAUUAUUGUGCACAUUGGAUAUUACAAUUGCAUAAUUUAUCUAUGUUUAAGAAUUGUUUUAAUCAAGCUGUUGUUGCUUUGGAAAGAUCAUUAAGUUAUGAAAGUACUUAUUAUAAUUCAUGGCAUAGAUGGAGUUGGGCGAAUUCUGUGAUGUUUAGACAUCAACCAACUAUUGUUCAACAUGCAAGUAACGCUAUAAGUGGUUUCUGUAGAUGUGUACAACUCAGACAAAGUAAAUCUUUCUCUGAUUUGAUACAAAUGAUUUCACUUUUGUUUAGAGCUGAUUUCAAUUCAGACCAAUUCAAAAGUUUAUCGUCUGACAUUGAAAAAUUCAGUGAUGAAACAUUUCUUCAGAUCAUUCCACAGUUAUUUGCGCAAUUCACAUCUAAGAAGAGGUUCGUUGUCAUGUUUGUUUCCCAAAUUGUUUCGAAAUUAUUACCUGACCAUUUCCACGCUUUGAUUUUUCCUUUGUUGCUUUUAACAAGAACUUUGAGAAGCGACAAAGAUGAUAAUGAAGAAGAUUUAGAGAUAAAUGGUGAAGAAGAUGAUUACGAAGAGCUUCUGAUAGGUACAAAACAACAAGCUCAUGUUCAACAACUAUUAAACACUUGUACAAAUAACGCCGUCAAAAGAAUUUUACAAAAAUUCUUUAUGAUCAAUCCUGAUGCUGUUUCACAAGCAUUGACAAUUUCAGAAGGUUUGUUGUUGUGUUCUACAUCAUCAGCGGAAUCAAUGUUUGAACACUUGAACAAUGCUUUGCAUGCUUUGUUCAAAAACAAUGUUAAUUUGGCUUUUCGAAGUUUAACAGACGCAAUAACUUUGCCACAAAGAAAAGACGAUGAAGAUCAAGAGGUCCAGUUCAAGAAGGAAAUGGGAGAAUGCAUGAUAAAGCUCUGCAAUCGUGGUAAGGCUGUUAUUGACGUAAAUGAAGUCAUAAAAGAAUUGACUGAUUUAUGGAAAAAAGUUAAAAAUUACUUGUCGGGAGUUCGCCAAGUAAAAGCUUAUAUAACAGCUCCAGAACUUGCCAUGUUAAGGGAUUCUGUUAUUGCUGUUCCUGGUACAUAUCAAGCAGGAGUUUCUCCUUCUUUGAUACAGCAAUUCGACGCUUCUUUGGAUAUUAUUCACUCGAAACAAAGACCAAGAAAUUUGAUUAUUUAUGAUCAAAACGGUUUACAACAUUUAGCAAUUUUAAAGGGCCACGAAGACCUGAGACUUGAUCAGAGAAUCAUGCAGUUCUUUGAGCUCAUCAACCAGCACAUCAGCCAUGAUUUUUUGGAUGAAAGUCGAUCGUUGAGAAUAAUCAGAUAUCAAAUUACUCCGAUCUCCAAAAAAGCAGGAUUAAUACAAUGUGUUGAUGGCGCAGAAACAUUGUUUUCUUUGAUAAGUAAUUAUAGAACUGCCCAUAACAUUGAUCCAUUAUGCGAAAACAAUCUCUUCAAAGAGUUUUCGUCAGCAAACAUUGAUUAUUUGAGACCAAUUCAACGCUUGGAAAUUCUCAAUGAAGCGAAAAACGAAAUCCCUUGUGAUGAUUUGAGAGAAUCAAUUUGGUUGAAGUCAAUUUCAAGCAGAGAAUGGGUUACAAGAAUUCUCAAUUUCUCUCAAUCGUCAGCACUUAUGUCUGUCAUUGGAUACAUCAUUGGAUUAGGUGAUAGACAUCCUUCUAAUCUGAUGCUUCAUAACGCAAGUGGGGCUUUGAUUCAUGUUGAUUUUGGAGAUUGUUUCGAAGUCAGCAAAAUAAGGAUCAGAUUUCCAGAAACGAUUCCAUUCCGAUUGACAAGGAUGAUGAUCUCUGCUUUAGGACCAUCAGGAAUAGAAGGGGACUUCAGAAUAACAGCUGAAGACACUUUAGUUCUUGUUCAAAAUCAUUGCGAUUCAAUCAUGGCAGUUUUGGACAUUUUCUUGCAAGAACCAUUGGAAAGUGAUGAAAUUCUUGAUAGAAUGAAUGAUAAACUAGUUAAGAACAUGGAUACAGUUUUCUCUUCUAUUGAAGAAACAUGGGAUAUCGAAGGAGCUUCGGAUGUUGCUUACUUGGAAAUCAAAGACGCAACGGAAAAGAUACAAACAAAAAUUGUUGGAGAAUCAGACCAACAAACGACAAGUAAUGAAGCAGUCACAAAGUACAUUGAUGAUUUGAUUAACCAAGCAACUGAUAUGUAUAAUUUAUCUUAUUUAUAUCAUGGAUGGACACCUUUAUGGUGA